AAGGUGUGAACCGCGAGCUGAUGUUAAGGGCAGCGGUGCGGUGCGUGUGUUCUUUCUUCAAUGCAGUGCUUUCCAGCUGCAUCCAGCAUCGUAUGACCAACUCCCCUCGCGCAGGCGUGUUGCACCUCCCCGACAUCACGGUCAUCAGGCCCGCCUUCCACCCGUCCUCGAAGGACAUCAUCCUCUUCAACGCCUCGCGCGGGCACCGCAUGGACAUCAGCGAAAUCCUCCCGGGCUUGAGGCCGCCAAUCUCGGCCAGCCUGUUCGAGGAGGGUACGGAGAUCGUGUCGUUCCAAAUCGUCGGGGACGGCGUUUUUGAGUGCUUCAUGGACGAGUAUGGCCUCGAGACCACCCAGGUGCUGCAGCUGCCUCCGAGUCACCACCGCUGGUAUAGUGAUGCGCACUGCGCUCCCGACCUUGCGUGGGCCGAACGCGAGCUGCUUGCCCGAGUGGGUCUCAGGUUCGUGCUUGCUACCGGCAUGGCUCAAUUAACUUGCGUGUUGGCUAUGAAUCAAGGCCAACAGCUUGAAGUUCUGCCUGCAGAAAAGAUGAGUCAAUAUAAGCAGCUGGGAGGCCAAGGCAAUAAGUCUCGGAUGUUCAGCAGGCUUCGGACAUGGCUUGGGCUUUCUGCCAAUGUGGGACCUGACCAGCAACCUAGUUUGCAGAGGGGGCAAGUGCCACUGCCUCCCUGGAAUGGCGCAUACAACCCCUAUCAACAAGUGGCCAUUUGGCCACCGAGUGCAACGGCAUACCAUCCCUACUAUCAAGGCCCUGGCCCGGGAUAUCCUCCCUCUGUAGGAGAUCAACAUCUAGGGCAGCAGUUCCCACCCUUCGUCCAUUACCCCUUUCCCCAUCCAUCAACCCAGGCUAUCUCGUAUCCACCCCACACUCCCAACGGUCCGCCAACUGAGGCGCAGCGGCAUUCCAUGCCUGAUGGUCUUGGACGUCCUUUGUACGGUCCACAACAACCACCCGACAUUCUUGCACGACCUCCAUACCAUCAGAUAUUACCAGAACCUCCAAUCCCGAUAGCUGCACGUGCUCCUGGUAAAGAGAUGGCCGAGGCACCUACGAAAGAAGGUCAGGCUCUUACAGCGAAAGCGAUGGUCCCCGAGGUUGAAGAGAGUAUGGCAACACGCAUAGAAAGGGAUGUGGACCGCGAAGUGCUCUUGGACGAGCAACCAAAGGGAUGGAAAGGCGGGAAGUGGGUGUGGAGGUCUCAGGGGAACACGAACCAUGAAGGCCGCUUUGCAGAGCAGCGAGUGUGCUUUGGGGUAAUCGUAUGCCGAGGCUGCCAGCGGCCAACUCGCCCUCGAACGCAGAAAGAUGCUAGAAUCAAGCAGCUUGAUGCGGCCUGUCAUGGAUGCGGGAAGUAUGCCCUUGAGCAUGUCCAAUGCAGUGCUGUGGCAUUUCAUUUCACGAGAAGUGACCCAGAUGGGACUAAUUGGGCAGUCUGGCAUCACCGUGGUAAGCAUAAACACGUACGACCGCCUGGGGGACCGAUCAGUACCCUUGAAGAACAGGCAAUAGAUCACCAGGUCCAGCGACGUCCUGAUGCCAGUGCACACCAGCUACGAACAGGGGAUGAUACCCCAGGCUCUCAGGCACUUCACACCAUCAAUCCCGCCCUUGCCAAUCCCCGUGCGGCUCGAUAUCGUGUUGCCUCGAGCCGUGACCGCCUGGGAGUGCAUCCGCAAAGUUCUAGAGGUGGCUUCACAUUCCUGAGCGCUGUCAGGGAUCUCUGCAAGAAGUUCAAUGAGCCGUUCCUUAUCGACUCAAGCCUUGGAGAGGUAACCUACUUCGUGCUACAGCAUCCCUUCAUGGACAAAAUGCUGAAGGAAGCAGUUAUCAACUGGCUGGACGAUACAGAGGGUCAUAGUCCUGACGCUGGAAGGCAUGGAUUUGUCACGGACGGAGACAAUUCGUUCUUCCGGUCUGGUGUGCUUCUCACAACAUGCGCAUGGAAUCCACUUAUGAAUGGAUGGGUGCCGGUAUUGUACUGCUGGAUCCUCAACCUCGACAUCUUCCAUCACAGGCAGCUCUUCCGCCACCUGAACAGCAGUAUUGUGAAACACGCAGGUCACCGUUUCACAAAAAAGUUGCUCAGUGCGGUCAUGGAUUUCUCAACAUCGCAACGGGGUGCACACGCACAUGAAUAUGUCAACACAAUGACUGGUCUGAAUGCAACCUUUCAAGAACUUUCGCCGGAGGCCCAGAAGGCGGAGCAAGAGCACUUGUUCCAGGAAGCAUCAGAGUACGAAAAGGGCUGCGAGCGCCAUUUCUUGAAUUCAGGGAGCCGAAUGAAGAAGAUCAGUGCUGCCAUCGCUCCAGACAAAGUGGAGACCUUCGACCGUUGUAUUCAUACCAUGCUCUCUUCAAGCACAACCGCCGUGGAGUUCGAUGAUACAGUACAUGAACUACGCGAGACUUUUCCACGGAUCACAAAGUGGCUGGAUUGGUGGCUCCGCCCUUCUGUUGCAAAGAUGAUAUUCCCUGUACGACGCGUGAUGGCGUCUGAGCUGUCGUCCGAGAUGCCUGCGACAUCGAACCCUGUCGAAACCCAACAUUUCUUACUUCAUCAUGCGACCGGUUCAGAUCAGGACAUGAUACCAGGUAUCGAGAAGAUAUAUAAGCACGUCAAUGGCCACUAUACGCCAACAGUCCGACGAAGCCCCACCAACAGAGGUGGCACCAAAUAUAACCCAAAUGACGGACGUGCACCAGAUACGUUGGAGACCCUUGGCUUCUUUGAUGCUGAGAUGGAACACGAGUCGCAAUUGGAGGAUGAGAAGUUAGCAUCUCGAGCAUCAGGUACAUUAUCCAAGGCUCUUGAGCACCGAUUGGCUCAACAGUCGUAUCUCUGGGUAUCCCCAAAUUCCUGUUUCAUUGAUCAUGCUCUGGAAUUAUGGUGGCGCUGUUUCUGCCAAUGGUCCCCUGCAGAGGUCGAAAUAUUCCUGGACAACAUACCCAAAGCGAGUGCUGUUGCCUCAAUAUUUUACCACUUCAAACGACGCCAGACAUUGCUUUCAGAUCGUAGUCUGACAACAGACAUUGACCUGCAGCGAGAGCUAAGUCUGGGCCAAGGUGUCCUUCUCCACACUGUCCUGGACGUUUGGAAGCUAGUAGCAAAGGACGGGCAUGGAUCUCCUUCGGCUUGGAUGGAUCAUGCAGUCCAGCCAUCGCAGCGUAUCAGAUCAGACAUGUACAUGGAAUAUUUCAAGGUUAUUCACGACGUGACACGGGAGUGCCGAGGACAGCAUUGGCACCUCGAAACCUUCUCCGCACCUCUUGCUCUACCGCUGACACUACGAAACCGUGAGGCUGCACGGAAAGCAAUCAGUGAUUGCCGCCCUGUCACACUGGGAGACUAUUUUGAGCAUUUUAUUCCUGUUACUCAGAAGCACGUCGACCGACUCGGAGGUGUCACUUUCCUACACAAUGCCUUGCCGCGCCAUUGCGAGACUGAGGGCUGCCAGGAGGUUGCCAUGCCCACGACAGUCCGUACCACCUGGCCAAAGAUGCUCCAUAUUGUUCCAGAAAUACGCGGACUGACUGAAGAUGCUCUCAACGCUGUAGACCCUGUGAAGUUCGAAGAUUAUUUCCAUAUCUACUCGGACGACGGUAGUAACGAGUCCAUUGACUACGAGCUCGUUGGUCGCGUGCUCCAUGACCCCCGCAAGCAACACUUCAUAGCCCAGACAUUGUUCCAGGGCUCCAUGUAUCAAUAUGAUGAUAUGCACCACAAAGGCCAAUGGGUUUCGGUACGACCAAGCGAGAGCAUUCUGUCGCCCGAUACCAACAUUGCUUUCUAUGUCUAUCACCGCACGUCAAUUCUCAGAGAGACAGUGCAGCGCAUCGGAGACAUCAAGUCUCGCUUUGAUUCUGUAUCAAGUCUCUUUCCGAAGCAGGUCCUGAAUCUUACAUCCGGAUCAGCAGAUGGUCCGACAUUGUCUGCAACAGCUCACCAGAGCCGUGAAGUCACCCCGGUGGAAAUACCAGGUGCCAAUGUCUUGACUCCCACCUAUUCGACAGCCUCGUCAUCAUCCGCAUCUAUAGUAGAUUGUGUCGUAUGUGUCUAUCCCAGAAUGCGACAUCAGGAGUCUGCCGAGAUGGUCAAAUGUAGCAACUGUCAGCGCUGGAUGCAUGUGAACUGCGUUGACAUGGCAGAUGCUUUGACGGAAGAAUAUAACCUGGCGGAUAGUCCAUGGUACUGUCCGGACUGUCUUACAUCCUUGAUCUGGAGGGAGACAUUCGUCGGUGAAAGCAUUCUCUGGCCCUUCAGAGAGGAAGGACAUGUGAAGUAUUACCCGGUCACAAUUCUUGGACGGGAUGAUGACUUCGUUGAGCUCGAAUGGAGCAAAUGUAAUGUAUAUGCACCCGGAGGCCCACCUCCGCAACAACGUUUUCAGGCACCGGAAGAAAUAGUCGUAAAUAUGAUUGUUCAUAAAGGGGCCCAGAGUUUCACCGAGAGUUUCAUGCAUGAUAUACCAUAG